AUGGCUGCGAACCGGGUCGGGAGGAGGUGUAACAACAAAGUCCAUUCCCCGAGUAGGGGUCCAGGGAGGGACCCGGGGCUUAGCUUGCAGAAGCGGCAAGCACGGGUCACGGUAAAGUACAACAGAAAGGAGCUCCAAAGGCGCUUGGAUGUGGAGAAGUGGAUUGACUGUAGUCUGGAGGAGCUCUAUGUGGGUAGGGUGAGUCCCAUCUAUUUGAAAUGAAACGGAUCUCUAUUGAUAGGCCACGCAAUACCCAUACGGUCACAUACCUAGACAAUGGGAAACGUUUAUUUUACUUAUUGUAAGAAUACAAAAAGGGUUUUACGCAAUAACAAUUAUUCAGCUUAGCAUCAGUGUCCACUGAAUGACAAAAGCGACAUUGGCAGCAGCUUCGGGGUACGCAAUCCACCGUAGCGCUGCACAUCACUCUUCAGUGGGACUUGAUCACUAUAAUGAAUAUAUCCGUUUGGCGCAUUUUGGUUACAUACAAGUCAUUUUGUGUGAGCGGUUACGCAGUGAUCGCGUAUUUUUAGUCUCCUCAAGAUAUGUAAAUAAAACUAUUUAAAACAUUUGACUGUCUGUUUUUCAGAGAUUGUACUGCCGAGUGUCCCUUGGCUACGACGUUACUCAAUUUUACAUGCUUGACAUUCGAUGAAUCAAGGAUGGGUAGAUAGAUGCCUUCUAGUCAUAGGGUCUAAUGACUGUCUAGUCAAAACAAUGCCUGUCAUAUUGGUCAAUUCAUGGUCUCAUAAAAUCCAGAUUGAUAGUAUUGUGCAUAUGUGUUUUCUUAUCAGACACUAUUGACUGGACACUUGUCCAUUUUAGCUAAUAAUAAUAAUAAAAGCAAACAUUUCUCUGUUGCCAGAAGAGGGGACUAGAAUAAAUGACAAAGCCAUUAGCAAGGCCAUGGAGCACGUGCACAGGAUAGUAAGGUUAACCAUGUCAAGCUUUGGUUUCCGCUUUACACCCUUGUUUGUCUAAAGUUGUUAGCAUGUCAUCCUCCUCUACAUUCAUUCAAGGUAUGGUCUGUGCAUUUUAUUAGCUGAACAAAUAUUAUCACACUUUACACACCACAGUUGAAACAGUUUACUCUGCUCUAAGAAGAACACCUGCGGAGGUGUUUUACGGCUGCCUGGAAUGCUUCCUCGUAUUAGCAAAGAGCGGAAAGACCCAGUACAAAAAUAGACUUGACAUCCAAGGCAAAAUGCAAAAGUUGAUAUGGUAGAUUCCCUUCAUGUUGUUCCCUUCCUGUUGUAUGUAAGGGGAUUGAUGGUCAUUGGAGGACAUGGAGGGGUCAGUAUACUCCCUGUGAGUGGGAAAGGCUGCCAGGGGUGACAUGGGAAAGAUCAGAAGUCCAAUUGAAAGUGCUCCCAGAAACAUAACAGGUCUGUGGCUGGCUGGCCAGGUCGCUUGGUCUUUGUUGCUUUACAUGGAUAGCCUUGAGGAUUUAUGGGCUUCUGGCUGGCAAAACAGGAGGACCCUGGGGGACCAGGUGCGGUGUGUGGCAUCACCAGCGAGGGCAGGGGCACCAGAGGAUGUUGGUAGGCAUUCGGUCAAGGCACUGCAUGGUGGCGGCUGUGUGAGUAGGCGGGGUUCGGGAGGAUGGUUGAUGUAGAGAUGGGGUUGGCGCUAUGGGACAGAUUUUCAGAUUAUUCCAUACCAAUAAUCUCUCCGUCAGACACAACCAUCUCCUGCUCAGAAUUUAUUUAACUAUAAGACUAUAGAAAUUACACAUCCUGUGUUGAAUUCUGUUUGUAUGAUACAUUGAGACCGAUUGAGUCUACAGCCUUCUGGGUGGGUCUCUUUUUCUGCAGACCAAUUAGCAAUCUGUUCUUCAGCAUCUACUUUCUACAUCCAAUUUAUAACACAGUAAUAAAACAUGGUAGUAAAAACUAAAUGUGUCUACUGCAAAGACCACCACCUGGCAGAUGCUAACCAAUCGCAGAGGAGUAAAAGCAGUGCUGUCACAGGGGGAUGUCUCUGUAGUGACCAUUAUAUAACCACAGGGGAUACAAUGACAGUAAAAACUGCAUCAGUGAGCCAUAUUUUUAAUAGCGUCUCCACAUCCACUUAAAGAAUAUAUAAAUAUUGCAUUUGAGCCUAUUUAGUGUUCAUGACAAUUUGAUAUACUGUACCAUUCUGUUGCUUGUGGAUGAAUACAGUAAACACACUGUCUUGCUUUCUCAUAAACACAAACACAUGGCCACAGCUUUAUAUCUAUGUUAAUGAGUUACUUGAUGUGCUGAUAGUGGAGCAAGCAUGUGUAAUGACUGUGUAAUCAGAUCUCGCCCAUACUAAUUUCCUGCUAGACCAAAGCCCACCCUGGCUGGCCUUGCAACGUGUGAACCACCUGACCAGGCCUGAACGGACACUAACUAUCCCAGUUAUUGAUUGAUGACAUCUUUGUUUCCUGGGAUGAUUCUUAUGAAUGGGGGGAUGGGGGUUUGGGGGAAGUGAAGGUCCCAUAUGUCACCAAAGAGCACAAAGAGAAUACCCCCCAGCUCCCCCCUAACUCCCCCCAUCACCAAGCCUAUUGUUGAAGCUCAAAGCAUUGAAUGUAGCACAUCACUUGGCCCAUUAUCAAGGGCCAUUAGUCUUGUAUCAACGCUCAAUUGGAGGCCCGGAUUAAGACCCCUUCAGUGUUCUGCUAUCUGCGUGAUUGUCUGCCAGGCUCGGGGUCUUUUCACUUUUAAUCCCAUGUCCCACUACUACACCCAGUCAUUAUUACCAUUCUAUUGCGUCGUCACUGCCCACUAAGCCACACAGAUGUGACAGCCAGUUGUUAGGCAAUUUACCACUGCAAACUGGGCGUGAAGAACAUCGGAGAACUAAGGUUUUUAGAGUGCAAUUGUUUAUUUUUGUAGCAACAAUCAAUAUCUAAUGGGUGUGAAAUAGGUAUUGCAACUGAUCUAUAACAGCUGUUUCCCCAACGAAUGCAAGUUGUCGAAGACGUGGAAAUGAAUCUCAUAAGACUCAUAAAAUAUAUAAAUCACAAACGCAAUUAUGUCAUGUUAUUUAUCUUGAACCAGAACACCUGCCCAGUGAUAAAUGAAUAACCUAAUGGAAAUACAUUUAAUUUGCAUGCAUAUGUAGAUCUGAUAAACAACCAUCAAUCUCCUGAUGAACAGGCCCAUUUCCUGGUGUAGAGAGAACCUCUAUUGGAAAUCUCGCUUUGCCGAUCAUAUAUCUCAAUAAUUAUGGUUUAUACAUGAUUUCACUGACAGCACUAAACCCUUAUUUUUGCAUUACAUUCUUGACAAUGAGACCUUUUGGUAGUGUUCUGACCAGAUGGGCUAAUAAUGUUGUAAUUAAUACUAGAUCAGGUGUCAAACUCAUUCCACGGUGGGCCGGUGUCUGCGGGUUUUCACUCCUUCCUCAUACUUGAUUGAUGAAUUAAGGUCACUGAUUAGUAAGUAACUCCCCUCACCUGGUUAUCUAGGUCUUAAUUGAAAGGAAAUACCAAAAACCAGCAGACACUAGGCCCUCCAUGGAAUGAGUUUGACACCCCUGUACUAGAUUAAUAUUAUUUUUAUGUGCUGUAGCAGUAAGUAACUGUGGGAAUGCAUCUGGUGAAAACUAGUGAUGUUGAUGUUUUUAAUAAUAAUGACUUGUUAGGAUGUGAUGGCAUGGGAUGGCCUGAUGGAAAUAGAGGUUGACAUAUUCUGGGCUGGGGAGACGAGGUGUGAGACAGGGAGAAAGAGUAGGGGAGAGAGAGAGGAGAUGUGUAACAAUAUGUUAUACAGGCAGUGAAGAGGAUGUGAAUAUUACAGAGUGGGAGAGAAGUGAGUGGGACAGACGAGAGUAGACCGAUCAUGACUCUGGAAAUUACAUGUUAAUGUAGUAUAUUAGGGGUAGAUAGAUACUGUAGUGGUUCUGCGUUUCGCAGUUUGCCUGUUGCAGGAUAUGCAAUGUCAGCAUGGAAGGGGGAGGGAAUGGUGGUGUGGAAAAAAACUUGAGUAAAGACAGAUAAGUGUCUGUCAAUACUGCAGGCUCUAAAGUAAACCCAACAGCUGAGGGUUGUAACAUGGUGUACACAAACAGACCCACAACAGUGACUUUAAGAAAUCAUAAUUUGUGUCAGUGCAAUGUAGUGGCUCAUUAUCAGUGAAAUGUAUUGAGGCUGAAUGUUUCAUGUGUAUAUUGAUUGGUUUCAGUUAUUUUAUUAAUGAUGACCUUCCACCUCAAUGGGUUAUGGCAAUUAUGGAAAUGCAUGUAGAUUUAAAGUGUGGUCACUUCCCUUGUAAAUGCAUUUACUUUCCGUUAGUCUUCAGGUAAACCUGACAUGGUAUUUUGACCCAGAUUUCUUUUGUCAUCAGUGUGGGACAGCCCACUUACUGUAUCAGGGUGUUGGCUAUGGAAAACAUUACACAGACACACAGAAACACACACAGGUGGGUGCACAGCUGGACACAGGGACCAGUGGACUAACACCAAGAGUACCCAAGCAAACAAAAAACACAUUACCCUCAACCCACUGGCCUGGAAGUGAUGUGAACUAAAUUGCUGCCUUGGAGCCCUCUACUGAUGCUAAACUGGGUGGAAUGACUCGCUCCCAUUCUCUAUCUGUCUCUCUCGCUGUGUUGCCCACUCUCUCUCUCAAUCUCUCUGCUACAGAGGAGUGAGGGCCCAGCCAUACUCAUUACAAAGUGCUACCUAGAUCUGGUAUUGUUGCUGGUGCUACAUUCUGCAAAACAAUCACUCACCUUCAGGACCCUAAACUAUUUUUAACAUAGGGCUUCAUUGUCUGCUAAAACACUGUCAUCACACAGUGCAGGCUAAAUUAGAACCACAGAUGAAAGGGAGUUCGUUUAAAGUGUCAUUGCUAGAAAUCAAUGACUGGUAGAAAUACUACUAUCAGUAUUUAUUUCAAACUCGUGUAUGCAAGAUUCAUACUUUUAUGAGAAAUGAUCUACUUUGAUGGGCAAAUCGAUGCAAGUGAGAAAAGAGACAUAUAAAAUAUAUUAGUGCAAUCCAGACUUGGACAAUGAAAGCAGUUGAAUCACAAUAAAAACAUUGCAACAGCCUAAAGAAACUAACUCAUCCUGACAGGCCUGAGUCAUCAUGUUUGUCCCACGAUGGAGGCUGUGUUUACUCAACACUGCCAGGAAUGUGAUUUUUAACUGCUCACUGAGCCUCAUUAACCCCAGAAUGAGUAGUACUAGUUCUAGCGGACGCCAGCUUGGAUGAGAUGCGAGGGGGGGAAAUUAGCUAUGUGUUUGCUUAAUUGGUGAAUAUACACCAUGUAUAAUUGAGCAUUACAAUAAUUAUUUUUGAUGUUAGGGUAUGAAUUAAGAUGUUUAUUUUUUUUUACCAGCCCCUGGAAUAGAUCUGCUGAUAUGCAGUGUGCCAAUAAUGUGUCGUUUUAUUACAUAUGUAUAUUACAAUACCGUGUAUUACACACAUUGUUGUGUCUGUGUGGUACGUGUAUGAGAGUGUUUGUGGACUUGCUCGUGUGGCUGUGUUUUUAAAUGCCUGUGUCUGUGUGUGGGCAGUAUGAGACAGUAUUUCAUUGGCAUUUGGAGUUGAAAGAAAGGUCAGGGAUGCCUGGGUAGGAAGGGACUGCUUGGAUCUGCCGGGACGGACCUUUACACUACCGGCAUCAGAAUCACUAAGUUCACCCCCCCGACGGCACCCACAGACAGACCCAACAGGGCUGGUUAACCUUACUGCUGAGCAUUCAGGUCAGACUGCUCUCUAUGGCCUGUAGCAGGAGUGUCACUAGUCAACAUGUCACACCCUCUCACACACACCCCACCACACCCAUGCUGUCUUUGUUGUGUACUGUGGUUGAUGUUUGGGUUAGGUUUUGAAAACAGCCUCCCUUCUAGUCUACAGUGAUAUUUGCAGUCGUCUUCAUCAAUUUCCAUAUUUUGUUAUUCAAAGAAUCUCUGCCUUACCAAAAAGGGCAAUAAACGAUCAUUUUUGGCUCACUGUGUUGAUAGCAGCACAUCAUGAAUAAUUCCCUUUGAAUGUGCUGUUUGUGCCAAUGAGCAGACUUGCCCCAAGGGAAAAAUAAAUAAGGUGGAAUCUCACCAUGAGACUCUUGGUAAGCGUUUGCCCGGAAGCCAUUGUGGAAUGCUUUCCUGUUGAGAGAAGUAGUUUGGGAAAUGGGUGUGUGUUGGGGGCGACUAUAUUUUAUACUGAACAAAAAUAAAAACCCAACAUGUAAAGUGUUGGUUUCAUGUACUGAAAUAAGGGGCCAGAAAUGUUCCAUAUGCACAAAAAGCGUAUUUCUCUCAAAUGUUGUGCACAACUUUGUUUAAAUCCCUGUUAGUGAGCAUUUUCUCCUUUGCCAAGAUAAUCCAUCCACCUGGCAGGUGUGGCAUAUAAAGAAGCUGAUUAAACAGCAUGAUCAUUACACAGGUGCACCUUGUGCUGGGGACAAUAAAAGGCCACUCUGCCUCCAACAUCGUUUUAGAGAAUUUGGCAGUACGUCUAACUGGCCUCACAACCGCAGACCACGUGUAACCACGCCAGAGCAGGACCUCCACAUUUGGCUUCACCUGUGGGAUCGUCUGAGACCAGCCACCCAGACAACUGAUGAAACUGUGGGUUUACACAACUGAAUAAUGUUUGCUCAAACUGUCUCAGGGAAGCUCAUCUGCGUGCUCGUCGUCCUUACUAGGGUCUUGACCUUACUGCAGUUUGGCGUCGUAACCGACUUCAGUGGACCUUCGAUGGUCACUGGCACGCUGGAGAAGUGUGCUGUUCACGGAAAGCUGAAAAUGGGAAGCUGAAAAUUCCGGGAAGCUGAAAAUGCCCCAGUUCUUCCAUGGCCUGCAUACUCACUAGACAUGUUACCCAUUGAGCAUGUUUGGGAUGCUCUGGAUCGACGUGUACAACAGCGCGUUCCAGUUCAUGCCAAUAUCCAGCAACUUCGCACAGCCAUUGAAGAGGAGUGGGACAACAUUCCUCAGGCCAAUAUCAACAGCCUGAUCAACUUCUCAAUCAAUGAGAAGGAGAUGACGCGCUGCAUGAGACAAAUGGUGGGCACACCAGAUAUGGACUGUUUUUCUGAUCCACACCCCUACCUUUUUGUUAAAGGUACUGUAUCUGUGACCAACAGAUUAAUACAGUAUUUUUUUAUUCCCAGUCAUGUGAAAUCCAUAGAUUAGGGCCUAAUGAAUUUAUUUAAAUUGACUGAUUUUCCUUAUAUGAACUGUAACUGUAAUCUUUGAAAUUGUUGCAUGUUGCAUUUUAUAUUUUUGUUCAGUGUAGUUAAUGAUCUGUGAAAAUUUCCCAAAUGAAGUAAGUGCAUAGACUGUUAUACAAAUAGUCUCUGCUUUCCUCUGAGACUUUGGGGGGAGCUGAAGGCACUGUUUGAGUAUGACCGAUUUAGGAGGCCGUGAGAAAGCGUAAUGGAUGCUAUCUGUGAUGGAGAAUGUCUGGCCUUGAUGGUGUUGGCUUCCGUCCUUACAGCAUACCUAGACUAGUAGUAGCCAGGGUGGUGGUUCGUUCUCUCUCUCUUCUCCCACCACCCUCUUUGUCUGUCUUCUUCCUUUCCCCCCCUUUAUUCUCUUUUUUGUUUAUCUCCCUCCUUUCCCCCCCCCUUUUCUUUUUUCCCCCCAAAAUCCCUUUUUUUCCCCCUCUCCUUUUUUUUUUUACCCCUUUUCCUCCCUUUUUCCCCCAAACCCAAUUUUUUGUUUUGGCCCUUCCCCAAAAUUUUUUUUUUUUUAAAAUACCUUUUUUUUCUUUAUUUCUUUAAUUUCCCCACUACCUGCUUCCUAUUUCUCUUCUCCCUCUUUGCUUUCCUUAAAAUUUUCCCACCCCCCCCCCCCUUUUUUUUAAUUUUUUGGGGGUUUUUUCCCCCGAAUUCCCAAAUUUUUUCCCCUCACCUAUUUUUCCCCCCUUUUUUUCCCUUUUUUCCCCCCUUCCCCCCCCAUUCCCUCCCCCCUCUCCUCUCUUCUCUAAACCUCUCCCUCCUUUUCUCCCCCCUUUUCCCCUCCCCUUCCCUUCCUUCCCCCUCUCCUUCCCUUUCCCCAAAACCCCUUCUCUCUCUUCCUCUUCCCCUUCCUCUCUCUCCCCCCCCUCUCUCUUCUCUCUCGUCUCUCGUCCUCUCUCCCCCUCUCUCCUCCCCUCGCCUCUCUCUCUCUCUCGUCCCUCUCCCCCCUCUCUUGCCCUCCCUCUCCCCCCUCUUCCUCCCCUCUCCCCUCGCUCUCUUCUCCCUCCCCCACUCCCUCCCCCCUUCUAUGUCUGUCCUCUUCUCUCUCCUUCCACCCCUCUCCCCUCGCUCUCUUCCCCCUCUCUCUUUCUUAUCCUCACAUGCAGUGUUCCAACUGAAACUAAAUCCUAAGAUUAUGGAGGCACUUUGAUGACCGAUUCCAACAGAGGCGCAGCCAUCGAAAUAAUAGUUUUUCCCCAAAAAAUCAUCCCCCUAGCCCUUAACUGCCGGCCCACGCGUCAAGCAUCCUGCAUCAUGCAUAUGAUGACUCAACAGCCAACAUGGAGACACACACACACACACACACACACACACACACACUGCAGUGCUCCAGGGUCUGUGAAUGUCUCAUGGUGUACUCUAAAAACACUCACAGCUUUUCUUCUGUGUCUGUAAGACCCAUGCAACUCAGAACUUAUGGCAAGACCUGAUUUGUCCUUUUGUGAGUGACCUAUAUAUUAUAUGCUUGUAUCUGAGCCUGUCCCUUACACAGCCUAUCCCUUAGGAUACUGCCCUGGGCAGAGUGCAGUGGAUUAUGCCGAGGGCAGUAUCCUGACAUACAGCUACAGGAUGUAGUGGAGGAUUGGUGGACAGUUUGACUGAUGCUCUGUCACCUUGUGUCCCCAGGAGGAGGAGAUGCCAGAGGAGGUGAACAUUGACGAGCUGUUAGACCUGAAGAGUGAUGAGGAGAGAACUCACAGGCUCCAGGUAUGCUGUACUACUCACUAGCAAAAUCAUCAAUUUAAAAGCUGUGUGAACAAGUUGUAUGGUUUGGUUUGUGAGAGUAACAGUAGUAGCUGUAGAUGUGGUUGCUGUUGAAAUAUAUUGUUUCAGCAGCAGGCUGGACAGUUUAACUAAAAUCGUAUUUGGUCUGGGGAUUUUUUUCCAGGAAAUGUUUCACACCUGCAACAACAACACAGAGGUAAGUGAGGUAAUCUAUAUAAAAGAGCAAUAUCUAACAAUGUGUUUAAGAUUAUGUUUUUGAUAGUAUUUUAUGACAUUUAUGUCUAGAGACUGAGAAUGAUGUCAUGGUGAAGGGACCAAUCAGAGAACAGGGUUAGGACGAUGUCAUUAUUAAGGUUGCAAAAUUCCGGGAACUUUCAAAAAAUUCCCUGGUUUUCCAGAAGUCCUGGUUGGAGGAUUCCGGAUUUUUCCUGCUUAUUCCCUCCUGAUUUCGGGAAUCCUCCAACCUGGGAUUUCGGGAAAACCAGGGAAUUUAUUGAUAGUUCCCGGAAUUUUGUAACACUAGUCAUUAUGAAGGGACCAAUCAGAUAGCAGGCUUAUGAUGAUGUUAUGAUGAAGGGACCAGUCAGAGAACAGGGUUAUGAUGUCAUUAUAAAAGGACCAAUCACCUCUGGUCAAGUCUGAGUUGAGUCACAAGUCAUGAAAAAUUGUGACUCAAUUCCACUAAGCUACCUGGGGCGGCAGGUAGCUUAGUGGUUAAGAGCGUUGUACCAGUAACCGAAAGGUCGCUGGUUCUAAUCCCCAAGCCGACUAGGUGAAAAAUCUGUCGAUGUGCCCUUGAGCAAGGCACUUAACCCUAAUUGCUCCUGUAAGUCGCUCUGGAUAAGAGCGUCUGCUAAAUGACCAAUUUAUUUUAUUUAUUUAUUAUUCCUAAACUCAAGUACUACAACACUGCCUUCCUCUCGCUCUCUCUCUCUCUCACCUCCUCUCUCACCUUCUUUCUCUCUUUAUACUCUGUCUCUCUCUCUCUCUCACCUCCUCACUCAUUCUUUCAGGAACAGAAGUAACUAAUGAUGACUCCACAUAUACAGUGGGGAAAAAAAGUAUUUAGUCAGCCACCAAUUGUGCAAGUUCUCCCACUUAAAAAGAUGAGAGAGGCCUGUAAUUUUCAUCAUAUGUACACGCCAACUAUGACAGACAAAUUGAGAAAAAAAAAUCCAGAAAUUCACAUUAUAGGAUUUUUAAUGAAUUUAUUUGCACAUUAUGGUGGAAAAUAAGUAUUUGGUCACCUACAAACAAGCAAGAUUUCUGGCUCUCACAGACCUGUAACUUCUUCUUUAAGAGGCUCCUCUGUCCUCCACUUGUUACCUGUAUUAAUGGCACCUGUUUGAACUUGUUAUCAGUAUAAAUGACACCUGUCCACAACCUCAAACAGUCACACUCCAAACUCCACUAUGGCCAAGACCAAAGAGCUGUCAAAGGACACCAGAAACAAAAUUGUAGACCUGCACCAGGCUGGGAAGACUGAAUCUGCAAUAGGUAAGCAGCUUGGUUUGAAGAAAUCAACUGUGGGAGCAAUUAAUAGGAAAUGGAAGACAUACAAGACCACUGAUAAUCUCCCUCGAUCUGGGGCUCCACGCAAGAUCUCACCCCGUGGGGUCAAAAUGAUCACAAGAACGGUGAGCAAAAAUCCCAGAACCACACGGGGGGACCUAGUGAAUGACCUGCAGAGAGCUGGGACCAAAGUAACAAAGCCUACCAUCAGUAACACACUACGCCGCCAGGGACUCAAAUCCUGCAGUGCAGACGUGUCCCCCUGCUUAAGCCAGUACAUGUCCAGGCCCAUCUGAAGUUUGCUAGAGUGCAUUUGGAUGAUCCAGAAGAGGAUUGGGACAAUGUCAUAUGGUCAGAUGAAACCAAAAUAGAACUUUUUGGUAAAAACUCAACUCGUCGUGUUUGGAGGACAAAGAAUGCUGAGUUGCAUCCAAAGAACACCAUACCUACUGUGAAGCAUGGGGGUGGAAACAUCAUUCUUUGGGGCUGUUUUUCUGCAAAGGGACCAGGACGACUGAUCCGUGUAAAGGAAAGAAUGAAUGGGGCCAUGUAUCGUGAGAUUUUUAGUGAAAACCUCCUUCCAUCAGCAAGGGCAUUGAAGAUGAAACGUGGCUGGGUCUUUCAGCAUGACAAUGAUCCCAAACACACCGCCCGGGCAACGAAGGAGUGGCUUCGUAAGAAGCAUUUCAAGGUCCUGGAGUAGCCUAGCCAGUCUCCAGAUCUCAACCCCAUAGAAAAUCUUUGGAGGGAGUUGAAAGUCUGUGUUGCCCAGCGACAGCCCAAAAACAUCACUGCUCUAGAGGAGAUCUGCAUGGAGGAAUGGGCCAAAAUACCAGCAACAGUGUGUGAAAACCUUGUGAAGACUUACAGAAAACGUUUGACCUGUGUUAUUGCCAACAAAGGGUAUAUAACAAAGUAUUGAGACACUUUUGUUAUUGACCAAAUACUUAUUUUCCACCAUAAUUUGCAAAUAAAUUCAUAACAAAUCCUACAAUGUGAUUUUCUGGAUUUUUUUUUCUCAAUUUGUCUGUCAUAGUUGACGUGUACCUAUGAUGAAAAUUACAGGCCUCUCUCAUCUUUUUAAGUGGGAGAACUUGCACAAUUGGUGGCUGACUAAAUACUUUUUUUCCCCACUGUAGUAGCUGACAAUGCUAGUCUUGUCCCUCACAUACGAGGUCCUUCUUUCACAUUGUCCCUGUAUCCUUCGUGGUCAGCAUUACUCAACCUGUCCGUUAUGUGUUGACGGACCAUGUUGACCCCCCCCCACAUAUUGAUAUCAUACACACAAAUUGAAGUGAUAUCUCUGAAACAUGUUCCCUUGUUUUACUGUGAAUUACUCAACAUUACCAUCAUUGUCUCUCACUGUAUCCAUUCGGAGCAUGUUUCAAAUGAUGACCGACUUCCCUUCUUCCCUGCACACACAGGUUUUCAUCAAGGAACUGGUGUUGAAACUCCAUGGGCUGCAGAAACAGGAGGACCUCCACAAUGAUGGCAUCGAACAACCCCAGCUACACAUCUUCCCCAACCGGCAAAACUCUGCAGACCGAGAGGUGAUCUGA